AUGGCUACAAACGCUCCCCUGUCCUCUAUCAUGUUGCAAAUCGCAGGCGUUGGCGGAGCAGCCUGGCUAUCAGGGAACAUCGGAGGUUUGUCAUUACUAGCAGUCCCAGCACUCGACCAAUCACGGAGGGAGGACUACGUCCCCGCCAGGACCCUCGCCGUGCAAUGGAAGCGUUUAUACGACAAGGGCGCAGCUCAAAACCCCCCGAUCGCGAUAGGCAUAGCAGCCAUCCUCUCCUAUCUUGCGUGGAGCGCAGACUCAACCGUCCGCCUGGGCCUUGCGAGCCAACGACAGCUCUACAUCGCUUCAGUCGCGCUCACCAUGGGCAUCGUGCCUUGGACGUUGAUCAUCAUGGCCAACACAAAUGGGGCGUUGUAUAAGAAGGCCAGGAAGGUUCUUUCGCUACAGAAAGGAUCCUCGGAGUGGUCAGCGACAGAUGAUGAGGAAGUCUCUGACUUGUUGUCGACCUGGAAUCUCCUCAAUGGGCUGCGGAGUCUUUUGCCGCUGCUGGGUUUUGCCGCAGGUGCAAUUGCUGCGCUGGCUUGA